UGACCCGAGGACGGGAAGAGGGGGCGAGGCCGGAUACCCCACGCACGCACACACACCUGCCCGUCCAGGCAUUGAAAGACAGAGAAGUGAGGACAGAGACGUGGAGAAACAGGGAGAGAGAAGUGAAGAGAGACACAGAGAGACAGAGACGUGGAGAGACACAGAGAGACGUGGAGAGAGACGAAGCAAGACGCUAAGCAAGGACGGUGUGAGACAGGAGAAGCUUGGCUGCCCCUGGAGCCCCGGCCCCGCCUUCAUGCCCAGCAGGUGCCCCACCUGGCCCAUCCUCCCAGAUUCCCAACUCCGGCUUCAUCACACCCUCUCCCCAGGUAAGCCUCAGCCCGUGCUGCAGGUGGUCUGACUCACAGUCUCCCGAGUGACUCUUGAGGAGUGUCUGCAGGCAGGAGGAUGGCCCAAGUCCUGCACGUGCCAGCCCCCUUCCCAGGGACCCCCGGCCCAGCCUCCCCGCCCACCUUCCCCUCCAAGGAGCCCGACCUGCCCUACUCCGUGGAGACGCCCUACGGCUACCGCCUGGACCUGGACUUUCUCAAGUACGUGGACGACAUCGAGAAGGGCCACACGCUGCGGCGGGUGGCCGUGCAGCGCCGGCCCCGCCUCGGCUCCCUGCCCCGCGGCCCUGGCUCCUGGUGGACGUCCACCGAGUCUCUGUGCUCCAACGCCAGUGGGGACAGCCGCCACUCGGCCUACUCCUACUGCGGCCGAGGCUUCUACCCGCAGUACGGCGCCCUGGAGACCCGCGCCGGCUUCAACCCGCGCGUGGAGCGCACGCUGCUGGACGCCCGUCGCCGCCUCGAGGACCAGGCGGCCGCCCCCACCGGCCUGGGCUCCCUGACCCCCAGCGUGGCUGGCUCGACAAGCUCACUGGUGGGCGUGGGGCUGCCACCCCCGACGCCGCGGGGAUCGGGACUGUCCACGCCGGUGCCGCCCAGUGCUGGGCACCUGGCCCACGUGCGGGAGCAGAUGGCGGGGGCCCUGCGGAAGCUGCGGCAGCUGGAGGAGCAGGUGAAACUGAUUCCCGUGCUCCAGGUGAAGCUGUCGGUGCUGCAGGAGGAGAAGCGGCAGCUCACGGUGCAGCUCAAGAGCCAGAAAUUCCUAGGCCACCCGGCGGGAGCCCGGGGGCGCAGCGAGCUCUGCCUGGACCUCCCCGAGCCCCCCGAGGACCCGGUGGUGCUUGAGACCCGGAGCGUGGGCACCUGGGUCCGAGAGCGGGACUUGGGCAUGCCCGACGGGGAGGCAGCCCUUGCCGCUAAGGUCGCCGUGCUGGAGACCCAGCUCAAGAAAGCGCUCCAGGAGCUGCAGGCAGCUCAGGCCCGGCAGGCCGACCUCCAACCCCAGGCCUGGCCGCCACCAGACAGCCCAGUCCGUGUGGACACUGUCCGGGUGGUGGAGGGGCCGAGGGAGGUAGAGGUGGCGGCCAGCACAGCUGCGGGGGCCCCUGCACAGCGGGCGCAGAGUCUGGAGCCCUACGGGGCAGGGCUGCGGGCCCUGGCGACAUCCGGCGGGGCCGAGAGCCCCGCUGUGUUCCGCAGCCACGAGGUGGUAGAGACAGUGUUCCCAACACCCCCUGCAUCCACCAGCAAUGUCCACCUGGUAAAGAAGAUCAGCAUCACAGAGCGCAGCUGCGAUGGGGCAGCAGGUCUCCCACAGGCUCCUGCAGAGUCAUCCUUGUCACCCCCGGAAUCUGAGGGGGACUCCCUCGCACAGCCAGAGAAGAACACAGGCCUGGUGCCUGCCCACGACGCCGCAAACAGGGUGCCUACCAGGCAAGCAGCCCCACAGGAGUUGGAGUCAGAGGAGGCCGGGGGUGCAGCAGGGCCCCAGGCAGGUGUGCCAUCCAUCCUGAAGCAGAAGGAGGAGCCCACAGACCCCGAGACCCACCGGAGGAGCCUCCAGUUCGUGGGGGUCAACGGCAGGUAUGAGUCCUCAUCUGAGGAUUCCAGCACAGCAGAGAACUUCUCGGACAAUGAGAGUACAGAGAACGAGGCCCCAGAGCCGGAGGAGAGGGUUCCGAGUGUGGCUGAAGCCCCCCAGCUCAGGCCCAAGGAAACGGCAAAGGCCAAGAUCAGCCGGGAGGAGUGCCAGCUGUCCCAGGAGUCUCAGCAGGCGCCCACAGCUGAGGCGGCGUCGGGAUCAAGUGCGGAAGAGGAGAUCCGGAUGGAACUCAGCCCCGACCUCAUCUCAGCCUGCCUGGCCCUGGAGAAGUACCUGGAGAACCCCAAUGCCCUCACCGAGCGGGAGCUGAAAGUGGCCUACACCACGGUGCUGCAGGAGUGGCUGCGCCUGGCCUGCCGCAGCGACGCCCACCCAGAGCUUGUGCGGCGCCACCUGGUCACCUUCCGGGCCAUGUCGGCGCGGCUGCUGGACUAUGUGGUCAACAUCGCCGACAGCAACGGCAACACUGCGCUGCACUACUCCGUGUCCCACGCCAACUUCCCCGUGGUGCGGCAGCUGCUUGACAGCGGUGUCUGCCAGGUGGACAAGCAGAACCGCGCCGGCUACAGCCCCAUCAUGCUCACCGCCCUGGCCACCCUGAAGACCCAGCAUGACAUCGAGACUGUCCUGCAGCUCUUCCGGCUCGGAGAUGUCAAUGCCAAAGCCAGCCAGGCGGGGCAGACAGCCCUGAUGCUGGCGGUCAGCCACGGGCGGGUGGACGUGGUCAAAGCCCUGCUUGCCUGCGAGGCGGAUGUCAACGUCCAAGAUGAUGACGGCUCCACGGCCCUCAUGUGUGCCUGCGAGCACGGCCACAAGGAGAUCACGGCGCUGCUGCUGGCUGUGCCCAGCUGCGACAUCUCUAUCACCGACCGCGACGGGAGCACGGCUUUGAUGGUGGCCUUGGAUGCAGGACACAGUGAAAUUGCAUCCAUGCUGUACUCUCGCAUGAACAUCAAGUGCUCGUUUGCCCCGAUGUCGGAUGAGGAGAGUCCUGCGUCAUCCUCCGCAGAAGAGUAGCUGUGAGGGGGGCCCGAGGCGCCUCUCCCGGGGGCCAGGCAGCCCCAGAGCGAACCAUCCCUGGUCCCUCAUCCCCUCCCUGGCUGGCCCCCACUCUACCCACCAAGGCCCAAGUCUCAAAUGCAAGUGGGGUUUUCUUCUGCUUCCCCGGGGAGCCCCCAACAGCUCUGAGACUUCAGCUGAAAGCAGGUUUUUCCCAGUACCCCGGUUCAAAGCAGCCGCAGCGCAGACCGAAGCUAAAUUCUUAUAUAAAUUGGCGCCAGUGGCUGAUGCUGGGGCGUGGGUUUGCGAAGAACGCUGAGAACGAUCCACUGGCAAUUAAGGAUGGAGGAGGGUGAGAGGGAAAAAUAUUGUAUUUCUGAAUCAUGUUCGGGGAAGGGAGGAAAAUUUGAAAGUCACUGGAAUCGCAUAUUUUCAUUUUAAUCCUCAAUGUAAUUACGCACGGAUCACGUCUGGAGUCGCCUAAUGCGCCCCCCGCUCGCUCCCCUACAUUUAAUUGUUUGGUAUAUAAUAGCAUUUUGUCCACUUCCCCCUCCCCAGACGGCUUUCUUGGUGGAAUUUUCUUCUGGUCUCGUCACAAAGCAGACCCUGUCUUUGUCACCCGGGGCAGGAAGUUCAGUCGUUUCUUCUGCCUUCAUGUUGCCACUGCCGGCGUCUCCCACGCCCCCAUUCAGGUGGGGGGCUCAGGACCCAGCAGCCGAGGUGUGCAAGUAGUUCAUAUCGAGAGAUUACCCAGAAAUCCGUCCCCUCCCCACAUGGGGGCCCUGGCACAUACUCAUUUUCCUAGAAAAUCCUUUAGAUGUGGAGACGCAGGAAAUGAAUCCGGUCCCCGGAGCGGUCCCUGCAUCCCUAGGCUUAAAACGCCAGUAGCGAGGCCAUCCUUUUUCUCCCCAGACUCCAGAACUUCUCUCCUCAAAGGAAAGAAAACAGGGCAUGAGAUUGUUGGCAAAGCAUAGGACCAGUUCCAAAAACUCCAUGUGUGCUCGAUUAAAAGCUGGCUGCCCUCAAGGGCUCCCAGUGCAAACUUAAAGAGACAGGGCUUUGCCGAAAACCAAACAAGGGCCAGCUGGUUUUUUUUUUUUUUUUUUUUUUUUUUUUUUUUUAACAACGUACAGC